AAAACGAUGAAGCGCGUCAUAGAAAAGCUGUAUUUGAUUCCCUUUUGGAGCUGAUCUGUGUUGGACUUGAGGCGCAAAACAGAUUUGGCAUCCAGAGGGAAAGAGAAGAAGACUGCUCCAAUGGCUGAUCCUGAACUAGAAGCUAUUCGACAGAGGAGAAUGCAAGAGCUCAUGGCUCAGCAUGGCACUGGGAAGCAGGGGAGUCAGCAGAAUCCAGAUCAAGAGAGAGCACAGGAAGAUGCUAAAAGGGAAGCUGAUGAACGUAGACAAAUGAUGCUUAGUCAAAUCUUGUCUUCCCAAGCCCGAGAGAGAAUUGCUCGAAUUGCCCUGGUGAAACCUGAGAAAGCUAGAGGUGUAGAGGAUGUUAUUUUGAGGGCUGCUCAAAUGGGACAGAUUGUUGAGAAGGUUUCUGAGGAGCGACUUAUAACGCUGCUGGAACAGAUAAACAGCCAGACAACCAAACAGACAAAAGUCACGGUAUGUACAUACAAAGGCGUCGUGGGGUGGACGACGAUUAGGAAGAAGGAGAAGACUAUGCUAUGCUUUUGUAUAUCUGUGGAGAUCUCACUGUUGAGUUGGUGAGUUCACUAAGAUGUACUUAAAAUGUCACUGUGAAAUAUGUUUAUUAUGAGGGAAUCUUGAUGAUCUUCCAAGUGAUUGGGAUGAGAUCAUAAAAGUAAUCUGAAACUGAAACUCUGCAUUUUAUCUUUAUUUCCUUGACCAAUACUCCAAGAACUCCAAACUUAAUUUCAAGUUUCUUUGUUCUCUUUA